AUGAACUUAUAUAAGUCAUCUGGCCAAUAUUUUUUUUUUAGUUUCGAUCAAAAUGGUUAUUAUGAUCUGUCAGCUAACUUCAAAUAUAUCUACCAGAAAGUUAACAAGAAAAUAAUCUAUAUUGGACAUUCUAUGGGAGGCACAGGCAUGGGAAUAUACGCAUCAACAAAAAACAAAGAGGCACAACAGUACAUAGAACAAGCUAUUGUAGUGUGCCCUAUUUAUCAUAUCAAGUAUCCAAAAUUAUCCCUGUUUUCAGAAUUAUCUCCAGUUACGUUGCUGAUAGUGGAAUUGUCGAAAUUGGCUAAUUAUCGAGUACUAGUACCAGAAAACAGUGUGCCUUACUAUUUUGUCACUGAUUUUUGUAUGGGUUCACUAAUAAAUUUAAAGUUCUGUCUAAAAGUGUGUGAUUUGGUAUUUGGACCCGUCAAAUACGACAUAGAUAGAAUUCCUUUUACUUUCAAGGAGUUAAAAAAUGGUAAUUACAGAUCCAUAACGCAAUAUGUUCAGUAUGGACGUUCAGGAGAAUUCCGAAAAUAUGAUCAUGGCAUAGUGAAAAAUUUGGUUGUGUAUAAUUCAACUGUUCCACCAUCAUAUAACUUGUCCAAUAUACUUAUUCCUAUGACGCUAAUCUAUGGUGAAACAGAUAAUAUGGCUAACAAAGAGGACGUUAUAUACGACUACAACAAUUUUAAGAAGGAUAAUUGGGAACUGCAUGGUAUACCGUACAAUCAUAUUGAUUUCCUGUUUAGUAGAAAUGUUGUUGACCAGUUUUAUCCUUUGUUGUUGAACUCUAUCAAAAGGAUAUGAGAAAAAUGAUAAUAUUCAUUUUUAUUACUACAAAUAUUAUAUAAAAAAUUGUUAAAAUUGACUUUAAAUUGUAACUUUACAAUAGAAAAUUAUACACUCUUACUACAAUGCAA